ACGACUUCUUCCUGCAGAGAAUCCUGCUGUACAAUAAUAUCUGUUUCUAUAUCGUUGCUGUUGGUGAUUUUCCUGACACUGGAAGACUUCUGGGAUUUCUGUUUACGUCUCUUACGCGCCCGACCACUGCCAUGUCCGACGUCGCAGCCCUGGAGGCGGAGGUGAAGGAAUUCAAGCUUCAGCUUGAAACCGUUCAAUCAAGCUUGCAGGUAGACCCAGAUAACACAGAACUUCAGAGUCUCAAGGCUGAGCUGGAAGAACUUAUAACUCUCACUGAAACCUCCAUCGCCGAACUCAAACCACCGCCAUCGCCUGCCGCGGCUUCCAGGCCCUCCCCGCCCGCCACCAACGAGAAAUGGUCCAAGGAAACACACCCGGCCUAUCACGCAGGCCAUCGCAAGCCGGGCGUGGAACAUCAGCCGUCCUCGGCAGAGGAGGUGUCGUCUGCGCCGCCGGCGUCCUUUGCCGUGAACGAGAACGUGUUGGCCCGCUGGGUCUCGGGAGAUAACGCCUUCUAUCCCGCCCGCAUCACGUCGAUCACUGGAUCGUCCAGUAACCCGGUUUAUGUGGUCUCUUUCAAGUCGUAUAGCACAGUGGAAACACUGACUGCCAAGGACAUCAGGCCGAUCUCUGGCAAUGACUCGCGAAAGCGCAAGGCUGAUGGAACCCCAGGCUCAUCUUCGUCAGCUUCACAGUCUCCGGCACCCCACCCCGCCAGUUCGAGCGUCAUCUCCGCCGCCGCCGACAUCAACCCUGCUCUCGCCAACGAGGCCCGCAAAGAGCCCAGCAAAGCCACUGACGGGCCCACCCGUCCCGCCAAGGUGCCCAGGAAAGUCAAGGCGAACCGCGAACUCGAGGCAGGCAAGAUGAAAUGGAAGGAUUUCGCCAGUAAGGGUAAACUGGGUCGUAAAGAUAGCAUGUUCCGCACCGGAGAGGGCCUUACGGCAAGAGUCGGCUUCACCGGGUCAGGCCAGCAAAUGCGCAAAGAUCCCACCAGGACGCGGCAUGUUUAUCAACAGGGCGAAGAAGAGGGCUACUGAGUCAUGCCACUCCAGUGGGAUCCUCGACUUACACCCUUCCCUUCCUCUUUUAUUUUGCGAGAUUUAGCGAUGGGAAUCAUCAGUUCUAAACCUAUCCCCUUCGUCCUCACCUUUGAUGAGAAAAAAAACAUGUUCUCUACGAUUCUUCUGCUGACUGAGCUCUUGAUGGCGCAGAUAGCAUCGGUAUUGUUCUUAUGGCCUAUAACUGAAGCGGGGGCGGUAUCAUGCACAAAACUGGGUCCUUUCUUUUUUUUCGAAAUAUGUGGUAACAUCCUAUUUCCAUGAAAAUAUCAUCAUGUUCUAAUCCAAAAUGUCCUGUUCUAGGGUCC